AUGACAUCCACCGCACCGUCAUUGCAAGACCGAUUGGCGGUGCUUAUCAAGCACCCGCAGUUUUACUGGUGGUGCGGUCAUGUAUGCGUUGUGUGCAAUGCCAUGCUGUACUUCAUGUCCGUCAUGUCAUUGAAUGCCAAUGCUACCUAUUACAAACGCGCCUAUCUGGGUGCCCUGAUAUCUUACGCUGUAGUGGUUUGGAACUCGGUGAGAGCUCCCAAGCGAUGGUCCAUGGACAUUUUCCGUAAUGAAAAUACCCAGUACCUGGCAUUGGCCUUUUACUGGUAUGCUUACCAUCCUAUUACAGUGACCUUGAUCCCAUUUUCUAUUUUUUCAAUAUUCCACACUUUUGCGUACAUUCGUUCGACGAUAAUCCCUGUCUUUUUCCCCGCUACCAAUCGUUCCACGAUCAACAAGACAUGUCAGGCUAUCAAGCAACUGACGGAUGAAUACCACGAAGGGGCAAUGCAGCUGGCUGCGUAUAUAGAAGUGGUGGGUAUCAUGGGCCGACUUAUCGUAGGUGUCGCGUUGUUUCAGACAUCCAUUUUGGCACUCAUUAUUUUUGGUCAUUUUCUACGUUUACGAUACUUUUUAUCCCCUUAUACCCGAGAAGCCAUGCAUGCAGCGGCCACUCAUCUGGAUGAAUGGCUUCUGCCGCCCACCGCCGAUGCCCGAAUUCCAAGCUUUAUAUCGAAAAUUUAUUGCAAUAUCAAAGGUGUCAUUGUCAGAUAUGGUAGUGUCACCACCGAGCAUGAAGAAUAG